AAAACCGGAAACGUCCUACGGCAGCAGUCAUGGCGACGACAGGGGCUUCUCGAGCCGUAGCUGGGGCUGCUAGAGUCGUGAAACCGAUUUUAAGUCGGGACCUGGACGAAGCUAAGCGGAGAGUCCGGGAGCUUUACCGAGCCUGGUACCGAGAGGUCCCGAACACAGUGGCGAUGUUUCAGCUCGACAUCACAACGCGUCAAGGAAGAGACAAAGUGAGGGAGAUGUUCGACAAAAACAAGCACGUCACUGAUCCCCGUGUGAUCGACAUGCUGGUCAUUAAGGGGAAAAUGGAGCUCCAGGAAACUAUCCAUGUAUGGAAGCAGAAGACUCACGUCAUGCGUUAUUUCCACGAGACAGAAGAAGCUCGUCCCACUGACUUCCUGUCCAAAUUCUAUCGUGGCCACGACCCAUGAACUGUGCCGCUGUCUGUCGUCUUUGCUCGUAUCUAGUGUGAGAAAUGUUUCCAUUUAUUGUAAAUACACACUUAAUAACCACA